GGUCUUCCGUUGCAUUUGGCUUUUCGUCGUCGUCAUCCCAUCCCGCAACCGGCACCGCAUCCACUCGACAUGUCGUCCUCAGAGUACGUUUUCCUGGGUAUUGAAAACCCCUUGCUCGACAUUUCGGCCCGCGUCGACCCGUCGCUGUUGACAAAGUACAACCUCAAGGCCAACGACGCCAUCUUGGCCGCAGACGAGCACAAACCUCUUUACAAGGAACUCGUAGACACCUACCAGGUCGAAUACGUUGCUGGUGGUGCGGCUCAGAACGCGUUGCGUGGUGCACAAUGGUUGCUUCCCCCCAAGCAAACGGUAUAUAUUGGAUGUGUUGGCCGUGAUGCCAAUGCCAAGAUCCUCCGUGACGCUGCCGCCAAGGAUGGAUUGAGAACCGAGUAUCUCGAGGACCCCGACACCCCCACUGGUCUCUGCGCAGUGCUGAUCACCGGUACCCACCGUAGCUUGUGCACUGACUUGUUGGCAGCCAACAACUACAAGGUUGAACACCUCCAAAAGCCAGAGAUUUGGAGUCUGGUCGAGAAUGCAAAGUUCUUUUACACUGGAGGUUUCUUCUUGACUGUGUCUCCUCCGGCAGCUCUUCUCAUUGGUGAGCAUGCCGCCAAGAACAACAAGGUGUUCACCAUGAACCUGUCCGCUCCCUUCAUUUCCCAAUUCUUCACUAAGCCAUUGGACGAGCUCCUUCCUUACGUUGACAUACUUUUUGGCAAUGAAUCCGAAGCGGAGGCAUACGCCGAAGCUCACAACUGGGGAACUAAAGACGUGAAGGAAAUUGCCCUCAAGAUUGCUGCCCUCCCCAAAGUCAACUCAUCCCGUUCCCGUACAGUCGUCUUCACCCAAGGAGCCGAGCAAACCAUUCUGGUCAGCGAAGGAACCGUAAAAGAGUACCCCAUCAUCAAGAUUCAACCCGAGGCUAUCGUGGAUACCAAUGGUGCUGGUGACGCGUUUGUCGGUGGAUUCAUGUCCCAGUUCGUCCAGGGCAAGCCACUUGACACUUGCGUAGCUGCUGGUCAUUACGUGGCGAAUGUUGUCAUUCAGCGCAGCGGGCCGACUUACCCUAAGGAAGCACACGGCUUCAAGGCGUAAAUAUAUGAAUAGAAAAGGUGUGAAUAGUAGCUGUUCAUAGUGAAUGUGAUAGACUGUAUAUAUAGUCGGUCUUUUUUUUUGAUCAUCAACAAGUGGCCCAACUUUACCGAAAGAAACUAUGGUUCUGUGCAGGCAGUAAUUUUCCAGCUCAGUAGCAUAAUCUAUUACUUCAUCGCAAACAAUAUCCUAAAAAUAUGCACCAUACUCAAUGCUAG